AUGGCUCCCUCCGCUCAGGCGCCGGCUGCCGCGCCAGCGCCGCCGCCCAAGCUCAGCGCCGCACACACAAACGGCACCGCCGCCGCCGAAGCCGAUGCGCGCGAGAGCUACGCCGACGAGGCCGCGCGCUACCUCGCUCGCGCUGCCGCCAUGUCGACUGCCUUCAUGCGUGCCGGCGAGCUCGCCGAUGCGCCCGUGGCGCGCUGGCCCACGAGCCGCGAUCUGCGCGCCAAUGUGCGCCUCGCCCUGCCCGACGCCGGCGCCAGUGAAGAGGAGGUCUUUGCGUCGAUGCAGAGCAUGCUCGACAACAGCGUCAACCCAUACACGGGCCGAUUCCUCGACAAGCUGUACUCUGCGCCUCGUCCCGUCGGCCUGGCCGCCGAGGCUCUGCUGGCCACUCUCAAUGCCAACGGGCACGUCAUGUCCGCCUCGCCCAUGCUCAGCCUGGCCGAGGAGGCGUGCGUGGCUGGACUGGCGCAGCUGUGCGGCUGGGAUGCGACUCUCGCAGACGGCAUGACGAUGCCGGGCGGUUCGGCGUCCAACACACUGGCAUUGCAGACUGCGUUGCAGCGUCACUUCCCCGCCUUUCGCGAUGGCGGCGUGCUUGGCGCCUCGCUGGCACUGCACGCCUCAGGCCGCUCCGGACGUGCCGCACGCCCGUUGCUCUUCACUUCCAGUCAGAGCCACUACUCGCUGGACAAGGCGGCGAUGGGCUGCGGGCUGGGUCUCGAUGCCGUCGUCAAGGUGCCGUGCGACGCUCAGGGACGCAUGAAUGUCGCUGAGCUGGAACGGCUGGUGGAAGAGGCUGCGAACGACACAGAAGGUCGUGCGGCCUCGGCCGGCGCGCCGUUCUUUGUCAAUGCCACUGCAGGCUCGACGGUGCUGGGCUCCUUCGACGAUCUCGACGCGAUUGCCGACGUGUGCGGGCGCCAUGGGCUCUGGCUGCACGUCGACGGCAGCUGGGGUGGACCCGUGCUCUUCUCCGAGCGCUGGCGACACCUCAUGCACGGCAUCGCCCGCUGUGACUCGCUGGCCAUCAACCCGCACAAGCUGCUCAACGCUCCGCUGCAGUGCAGCUUCGCCCUCUUCCGGCGCGGCGAGGCGCUCACCGCCAACUCUCUGGACGUCGCCUAUCUCUUCCACGAGACGUCCGACGACGCCGAUGCUCAACACAGCACACUCUCAGCGUCGGCGCAAGCCUCCGAGGCGCGUCUUGCUCGGCGUGAGCAUCCCGGCUCCAUGGCCUAUGGAUGUGGUCGACGAGGCGAUGCCUUGAAGCUCUACUUGCUCUGGCAGCGCUACGGCCGACAUGGUCUGGGCGCCCACGUCGACGCUGGCUUUGAGCUCGCCAAGCGCGUGUCGCAGCUCGUGAGGGAGGGCCCGCAUGCCAACUUACUCGAGCUGGGCCCGCAGCCAGACGAGCUCUUCUUGCAGGUCUGCUUUCGACCCAAGGAGCCCUCGCAUCAUGCCGCCGCAGUCGACGGUCAGACGCGCACUUGCCUUCUCAGGACAAAGGCCACGCGCCACGUAUACGACACACUGCGUGCGCGCCGACGCUUUGCAGUCGACUUUGCGCCGCUGCCGGGCGACCUUGGCGACUUCAUCCGCCUCGUCGUCCACCCCCGCACGGCAUGGACAGACUUGCACGCACUCGUGGCGGAGGUCGCCGAGAUCGGCCAGGACUUCUUCGCCGCGAGCCAGACGGCCUAG